CCUUCAAUACUCACUCAGGCUUACAACCCUACUUAACAAUCUUCUAUCCGAUCAGUUAUCUCAGCAGCAAUUAUGGCUGGCUUAAAGCUCGUUUUCGCCUUGGCUUUUGCAUUGUUGGUGGCUGCACCUGUGGCUCUUGCCAUUAACUGCGGUCAGGUUUCGAGUAAUCUUAGUCCAUGCUUGAACUAUCUGAGGACUGAUGGUAAAGGUGCCCCGCCAGCCAAUUGCUGCACUGGAGUUAACACCAUAAACAACGCAGCCCGCACUACAAAAGACCGCCAAGAUGCUUGCCGAUGCCUGCAAAAUGCAGCUAAAGGAAUCCCUGGAUUGAACUCUAACGCUGCUGCUGCUCUCCCUUCCAAAUGCGGAGUUAACAUUCCAUACAAGAUCAGCACCUCCACCAACUGCGCUAGCAUCAAGUGAAGCCCAUGCAUGGACUGGUUAUAAAAGUUCGAAAGUUUGAAGAGAAUAAAGAAGAUCCGACUCAUGUCCUAGUCCUAGUUUGUGGUCUUUAGAUUUCAUGUCGUCGUCCAUAUGAGUCGAAUCUUGUAUGUCUUUAACGAAAUCUAUGGAAAUAAAAUGAAUUAUUAGAAAUUAA